UCAAUUUGUCUUAUCAAAUGAUGAUUUGAAUAUAUAUAAUUUUUAAUUGACGCAAACGACUUAUGUAUUGCAAUCUAGCUGAUUAGCUGAUAAGAAAUAUAAAAUUGCAUUUGUACUGAAAUCGUUGGACUAAUCAGACGUUAAUUAAAACAAACAGUGAGAUGGAAAAAACAUAUUUGGGAUUUGAUUGCUCAACACAAAAAUUGAAAGCUGUUCAAUUAAAUGAUAAUUUGGAAACGCUGUAUCAAGCAGAAGUAAAAUUUGAUCUUGAUUUUCCGGAAUAUCAAACGAAUGGCGGUGUCAGGGCUAGUGAAAAGCCAAAUGAAUUUUAUUGCAAUCCAGUUAUGUGGAUACGAGCACUAGAAACUGUCCUGGAUAGACUUAUGUUACAGGGUGCAAAUUUUAUGACUGUCAUAUCAAUUUCUGGUAGUACUCAGCAGCAUGGAUCUGUAUAUUGGAAUAAAAAUGGAAUUGACACUUUACAUAAUUUAGAUCCAGAUAAUUUCCUGUACAAGCAACUAAAUGAAGAUGCAUUUGCUAUAAAAAGAUCUCCAAUAUGGAUGGAUUCAUCAACUGGAAAGCAAUGCAAAGAGAUUGAAGAGUUUGUUGGGGGAAAGGAUGAAAUGGUUAGAAUAACAGGAAGUAAAUGUUAUGAGCGAUUUACCGGAGCACAAAUCAGAAAGAUUUUUCAAGAACAACUUGAUAAUUAUAAUAAUACUGAACGGAUUUCCUUAAUUUCUUCAUUUUUGGCUUCCAUUUUUCUUAAUAAAAUUGCACCAAUCGAUCAUUCUGAUGGAUCGGGAAUGAAUUUACUUGAUAUUAAUACACGUUGUUGGUCUAAAAAGUGCUUAGAUGCAUGUGCUGAUAAUUUAGAAGAAAAACUUGGUGAUGCGAUUCCAACAGAUACAAUAAUUGGAAAAAUUGGUCAAUUUUUCAUACAGCGAUACAGCUUUAAUCCCGAAUGUAAAAUCGUAGCUUUUACAGGCGAUAAUCCAAGUGCUUUAGCUGGACUUAAUAUUAAUGAUGAUUGCUUAGCAUUUAGUUUAGGCACAUCGGAUACAAUAAUGCUCAGUUUAGAUAAUCGUCCAGCAUUUAAUGAUGACGGCCAUAUACUUAUACAUCCAACAAAGAAAAAUGGAUUUAUGGGACUCUUGUGCUUUAAGAAUGCAGCCUUAAUUCGAGAUACAUUUAAGAAAGCUGAAGCAAAUAAUAGUUGGGAAAUUUUUUCUGAAUUAUUACAAAGUUCAUCUCGUGGAAAUAAUGGAUAUAUGGCUGCACAUUUUCUUUCACAAGAAAUACUUCCAAAUGUUAAAGGCACUUUAAGAUGGUCAAUUCUUGAUAAUUUUGAAAACACUGGCAAACGAGCUCAACUCAUUCAAUUUCCAACACAACAAAUUGAAAUAAGAGCUUUAAUUGAAGGCCAAAUGUUAAAUCGGAAAAUUUACGCUAUGGAAAUUGGUUUUAAAUUUGGCAGCAAAAGUAAAAUUUUGGCAACUGGAGGAACCAGUAAUAAUCAUACAAUUCUCCAAGUUAUGAGUGAUGUCUUCAAUUCUCCAGUUUACAUUCAAAAAACUCCUGAAGCAGCUUGCUUAGGUGCUGCAUAUCGAGCAAAAUAUGUCAUGUAUAAGGAAUCAGCUAUCGAAAGAGGCGAUACUUAUGAUGAUUACCACAACUACAUAAAAAAUUAUUGUGAUAAAAAGCAUUGUUACAUUCAAAGAGUGGCGGAACCACAUGCAGACAGUCAGGAAAUUUAUGAUCCAAUGUUAGUACGAUACAGGGAAUUAAUCAAGGUCAUGAUGCAGCAACAAGAAUAAAUAAUAAAACUCAUUUGCAUUCCAUUCGACUUAUAUCUUACCCGAAGACCACAAGUCGAUUAAUCGUUCUGAAAUCCGACAUCAAGCAUAUUCUGGCGAUUUAAAUCUGGCUCCAUGCUAGGGUCAUGUCAAUUCGGGUUAGCCAAAAGCAUGAAUUUAUAUUGCAAUAAUGGGGUGGGGAACUUUAACUAGGCUACUGGGUAGUAAUAAGAAGGCUGGUCGUUUUGUUUAUUUUUUCUAAAAAAAUAAGUUUUUGGACAAAACGACUGCAUUGGGUCAACAUAAACAAUCUUGAUCUUCUUGGACACUUAAUUGGUCACUUAAUAUUAAUAAUAAUAAUAAUGUGCUGUAUUAUUUUGGAAAAAAAUU